AUGGCAGAGACGGGCGAGCAGCACGGCCCAGUAUUGAUCGGCAUCGACCUCGGCACGGCGUGCUCGGGCGUGGCCGUGCGGCAGAACGGCCGCGCGGAGGUCGUGACCAACGGACAUGGCGGGCGGGCCACGCCGUCGUACGUCGCGUUCACCGACACGGAGGGGCUCGUCGUCGGCGACGCGGCCAAGAGCCAGGCGUCCCGGAACCCCACGAACACCGUGUUUGGUACGAAGCGAUUGAUGGGAAGGAGAUUCUGUGACGCGUCCGUGCAGGCCGGCUUGAAGCUGUGGCCGUUCAAGGUCGUGGCGGGCCGUGGCGACAAGCCGAUGGUCGCAGCGAACUACAAGGGCAAGCAGAAACUGCUCGCCGCCGAGGAGGUCGCGUCCAUGCUGCUCUCGAAGAUGAAGGCAGAGGCCGAGGCCUACCUCGGCUGCCCAGUCAAGAACGCCGUGAUCACAGUGCCCGCGUCGUUCGACGUCGUCCAGCGCCGGGCCACCAAGGACGCGUGCGCCAUCGCGGGGCUCGACGUCCUCGGCGUCAUCCACGAGCCUACGGCCGCGGCCGUCGCCUAUGGCCUCCACGAAAGCGCUAACGACAAGAAUGUGCUCGUCUUCGAUCUUGGAGGCAGUCACGCCAGCGUGUCACUCCUCGCUGUUGCGUCCGGCAAGAUCGCCGUCAUGGCGACCGCCGGCGACCCCUGCCUUGGCGGCGAGGAUUUCAACGGCCGCAUGGUCGAGCACUUCAUCGCAAAGUUCAAGGCUGGGCAUAGGAAAGACGUCAGUCGCAACGCGAGGGCUAUGGUGAGGCUUAGGGCUGCCUGCGAGCAGGCGAAGAGGACGCUCUCGUCGGCGAGCUGGGCAGCCAUUGAGCUCGAAUGUUUUCACGAGGGCACAGACUUCUACUCGACCAUUACGCGCGACCAGUUCGAAGAUCUCAACCUGGACCUGUUCUGCAAGUGCAUGGAGCCCAUCAAGAAGUGCCUCAUGGACGCCAAGAUGGACAGACGCAGCGUGGAUGACAUCGUCCUCGUGGGCGGAUCAACCAGAAUCCCUCGCGUGCGGCGUCUGAUCCAGGACCUGUUCGACGGGAAGGAGCUCCGGAAGGACAUCAAUCCCGACGAGGCGGCGGCGCGCGGCGCAGCCACCAUAGCCAGUCGCGGGGGCGGCGAUAGCUUGCUGGACCUGUUCCUGCCCGACGCCACACCGCGCUCGAUCGGCGUGGAGGAGGCCGGCGGCGCCAUGGCGGUGGUCAUACCAGAGAACACCGCCAUCCCCGUCAGGGAGACGAAGAGGACUAUCUCCGUCCAGCCCCAUCACAAGAAAGGUGUCGUCGUCUCUGUUUUCGAAGGAGAGAAGCCACGAGCAAGGGAUAACACUCUCUUCUGCGAGCUCGAGCUUCCGGGUGCUCACCGCGGGGCGAAGCCCGGAGCCAAGCUCCCUGUCUCAGUGUGCUUCAGCGUCGAUGCCGACGGCGUCCUGACGGUCUCUGCGAGCGACAAGGUGAACGGGCACAAGAAGCAGAUGAGGUUCAUGGAGCAGAGUCAGCUGAGGAAGAAGGAGAUCGAGAGGAUGGCUAAGGAGGCAAAGUACAUGGCAGAGGAUGAGGGCAACAAGGAGAGGAUCAAGGCAAAGAAUUCGCUAGAGGAAUUCUUGUACAAGAAGCGCCGUGCCAUCGAGGACGAGAAGAGGAAGGUAGACGACGCACUUUGCGCCGUCGAAGAGAUGAUUCAGAAGGUGCCCGGCGAUCAGGUUUCCAGCGCAGGAGAGCUCAGCGACGCUCUGAAGAAGCUCAUGAUAGAAUGAUCUAGCUCCACCAUUGCUGGGAAAGCAGGAUGAUGCCUAACGUUCAAUUAACUUUUGGAACCGCCUGUAGGUUAACCGACGGAAACCGGUAAUACAAAGGGGGUGGUGUUUAGAUGAGACUAAAAAGUUUAGCCCUAUGUUAUAUCGGAUGUUUGACAAUAAUUUGAAGUA